AUUAUUUAUCUCUUUUGACUUUGGUCGGCCUUGAGGGGUUGUGUUAUGUAGGCAUGGCUUCUGUAGUGAGGAGUAAGUUAAGUUUUAUCGGAAAAUCAUGUAUUAAACCUUUGGUGAGAAAGUCCAUUAGAGCUCAAUUUGAUAGACAACGUUUGCGAUGUUUUCAUGUAUCAGCAAUAUUGAAUGUGGAGGGACAGGAGGUGAAGAUGCCGUCACUGUCGCCAACCAUGACGGAAGGAAAGAUCAUCAAAUGGAUGAAGAAGGAGGGAGACGCUAUAGCCCCUGGAGACGUCCUGUGUGAGAUACAAACGGACAAAGCUGUCAUGUCGUUUGAAACGGAAGAAGAAGGAAUACUGGCCAAGAUAUUGGUGCCAGAAAACUCACCAGAUGUGAAGGUCGGCACCCUGAUAGCUCUAACUGUGGGAGAGGGAGAGGACUGGAAGACAGUAGAUUUACCAGGCGGAGGUAGUGGAGCGGCUCCCUCUCCCCCAUCAGGCGGGGCUUCAGCAGCAGCUACGGGGGGCAGUGUUCCAGGACAAGAGGUCAAGAUGCCGUCUUUAUCACCCACCAUGACGGAGGGAACCAUUGUACAGUGGCUGAAGAAGGAAGGAGAUGCUAUAGCUCCUGGGGACGUCCUGUGUGAGAUACAAACAGACAAGGCUGUCAUGUCCUUUGAAACUGAGGAGGAGGGAAUACUGGCCAAGAUAUUGGUGUCUGCAGGAACAAAGGACGUGAAGGUCGGCACCCUGAUAGCUCUGACAGUAGGGGAGGGAGAGGACUGGAAGGAUGUAGAAGUGCCGGGGGCGGCGGGGGCUUCUCCAGCAGCAACCCCCGUCCAGGCCCAGCCAACUUUCACGGGGGGCAGCGUUUCAGGACAAGAGGUCAAGAUGCCGUCUUUAUCACCCACCAUGACUGAAGGAGUCAUUGUACAGUGGAUGAAGAAAGAAGGAGAUGCUUUAGCUCCUGGAGAUAUCCUUUGUGAGAUACAAACGGACAAAGCUGUCAUGUCCUUUGAGACAGAGGAGGAGGGAAUACUGGCGAAGAUAUUGGUACCGGAGGGCAGCAAAGACCCAAUCAAGGUCGGCACCCUGAUAGCUUUGACUGUAGGGGAGGGAGAGGACUGGAAGGACGUAGCGAUACCUACAGCUGGUGCGGCCCCACCAGUCCCCGCCACACAGGCUCCGACUGCCCCAGCUGGCCCCGCCUCACCUGCUGUCAGCCAUGAGCCCCACAACUACGGCCCGGCAGUACACAGACUGUUGUCCCAGUACCAGCUGUCAGCCAAUCAGAUCACUCCGUCUGGCCGCAACAAGAAACUACUCAAGGGAGACGUCCUCAAGUACAUCUCCGACAACAAGCUUCAGCCCAAACCUCCUCUGCCUGUACCACCCCCCGGACAGCAAGCUACUACGGGGCCUGUGACUACCGCUAGCCCCGCAAUGGCGGCACCAGCUCCAUCGAAGCCCCGCUCUGGCUACACUGACCACGAGCUCUCCAGCAUGCGCAAGACAAUUGCUAAGCGACUCACUAUGUCCAAGACGGAAAUUCCACAUGCGUACAGCCAAGUAGAGGCGGAGAUAGGCUCGUUACUGAGUCUCCGCAAACAGCUGGCGCAGGUUGGUGUGAAAGUGUCGCUGAACGACUUUGUCAUCAAGGCGGUGGCGUUGUCACUGCGGCAGUGUCCGUACAUGAACACUCUCUACAUCAAUGAUCAGAUCAUUCCCCAAGCCACUGUGGACAUCUCCGUGGCCGUGGCGACGGACGCGGGUCUCAUAACUCCGAUUGUGAAAGACGCAGACACAAAGUCCGUUGAUCAGAUCUCAGCUGACGUGAGGGACUUGGCCACUCGCGCCAGGGAGGGAAAACUCCAACUGCACGAGUUCCAAGGUGGUUCAUUCACGAUAUCCAACCUUGGCAUGUUCGGCAUUUCCGAGUUCAGCGCCAUUAUAAAUCCUCCGCAGUGCGCCAUCUUGGCUGUUGGUGGGGGCCGAGCGGUGUUUGAUGGCAACGCCCGCCCAGUGACUCUGAUGACGUCAACGUUGUCGUACGACUCACGGUCAGUCGAGCCAGAUGAGGUAGCUGCGUUCAUGGCUGUACUGCGGGCUUACCUACAGAAUCCUGCGUCUCUCCUGUUGCCGUCCCAGACUCGCAGACAAGUCGCUGUGCAGCAGAUGGCCAAUUAGGUAAUUUUUAGACGGAAACAUUGUGUUCAGCCAUAGCGCAACUCGUAGUUUUAGAAGCAAUCGUCUCAGGUUAUGGAACUAUCACAAACUGAUCGGAUCAACAUGGUUCUAUGAGGGUAGCUUAGCAACAAAACGAGAUGACAAUAAGGUGGUGUGGAAGGAUACAAAUUGAAGAAAAGCUGGCUUUAAGGAAGUAACAUUACGUGGGAUUAGAAGCUAAAACCUUUCUUGAACAGAAAUAGUUACAAAUUAUCAAGCCACCUUAUUUUCUAUUUCAUUUUGUAAUUCAGAGGUAGGUUCUGUGCAUUUAAAACCACAUUCAAAGUUUAUUUUAUAACCUGGUUGAAAUUAUGUUCAUUUAUCAAAGAAUUCCUUAAACAUGUUUUUUAGGUAUUUUCACAAGUGUUUACAUAAAAAACAAAGAUUUCCAUUAAAUAACUCUUAUUUUAAAAUUUCUUGUUUGAUUUUCAAUUUUUUUCUUUAAUAUUUUGAAAGAUGCUUGUAUUACAUAAAAUAUGUUUAAAUCAAUGUUGCUCUUUUAGUUUUGUAAUAAUAUGCUCGUUGUAUUAUUAUAUUUGUACAUAUUAGAAAAGGUAAUGAAAAUUAAACGUUUGUAUGUUUUUUAUUUUACAAAGUUUAGUUUCCAAAACAUGUACAUUGAUGGUAAACAAAUUUUUUAGUUGUUCAAUAUUUAAAAGCAGAAAUUGUUGAAUUAUAAAAUAUAAACAUUUGGUUAUAUGGCUUAGAUAGUAUGCGUUGUAAAAAUUUGUUAAGUUUUGAUUUUUAAAUAAAAUAUUUUGUUUGGAAUAGCCUAUUAUGUAAAUGUUUUAGUGUGGGUAAAAUCUAUAAAUCUCACAUAUUUUUAUGAAUCUUUGAGCUUAAAAUAUAAAUUUAUGUAUUUAUGCUAGUCAUAGUGGAAGUACAGCAAAUCAGCUUCAUACAUUUGUUAUUAUAACAUUCUUGUAUUGUUACAAUACAUUUGCUAAGGUGUUACCAAUGAAUAAUUAAUUGUUCAAAAGCUUUAUAGGUUAAGGUAAAUUGAUAUUGUUUUUGGAAAAAAAUAAGUAUAUUUGUAAAUAAAUACAGUUUCUGUUGACA